UCCUCCUGCUCGCGGGGCUCCUGCGCCCGGCGACCCGGGGAAGGCGGGGAGAGCUCGGGGUGUGAGCCUGGAGUCACGGGACGGCGCCGUGUUGUGGGCGGAGAGGACGGGCUGCGGCCGGAGGGCGUCCUUAGGAGCCGUCAGCGGGAAGCGCGCUGGCGCGGGAUCGGCGAGUGGACGCCGAUAAUGAACUGCUGAGAAGACGUAAUGGAUUGCUUCUUGGUUGACCUCUGAGUGCUUGGACUCAGCAGCGUGCUGGCUGUAUGUUGCAGCGGCCACGAGAAGAUGGCCACCCCUUAUGUCCCGGUUCCCAUGCCCCUGGGAAACUCCGCUCCCAGUUUCUCAGCCAACAGGAAUCAGAGAAGUUCUUCCUUUGGCAGUAUCUCAACAAGUUCAAGUUCUUCCAAAGGCCAGACAGAAGACAUGAAUACGGGUGCAGAGUCUUCCAUUGAAUAUUCUGCUCGACCUAAAGAGACUGAAGAACAAAAUCCUGAAACAGUGAAUUGGGAAGAGAGACCAUCCACUCCUACUAUCCUGGGUUACGAGGUGAUGGAAGAAAGAGCUAAAUUUACUGUGUAUAAAAUACUAGUAAAGAAAACUGCAGAAGAAAGCUGGGUGGUUUUCAGAAGAUACACUGACUUCUCGAGGCUGAAUGACAAAUUAAAAGAAAUGUUUCCAGGCUUUCGGUUAGCACUUCCACCAAAGCGCUGGUUUAAGAAUAACUACAGUGCUGACUUUUUAGAAGAUAGACAAUUAGGAUUACAAGCAUUUCUUCAAAAUUUAGUAGCUCACAAGGACAUUGCUAACUGCCUUGCAGUGAGAGAAUUUCUUUGUCUGGAUGACCCCCCAGGUCCAUUUGAUAGCCUAGAAGAAAGCAGGGCCUUCUGUGAAACUUUAGAAGAGACUAACUACCAUUUACAGAAAGAACUACUUGAGAAACAGAAGGAGAUAGAGUCGCUGAGGAAGCUGGUCCAUGAACAGCAACUUCACAUAGACACGCUAGCGAGCAGAGUCAGAACUUUGUCUCUAGACCAUGAAAAGUCACUGCUGUACCUUUCAACAACAGAAGGCAGUCAGGUCCUGAAGCUAGAGGCCUCUGCACCAAAGGGUGGGCAGGAUGCCUUGGAUGAAGAGCCUGGAACUGGCAAUAAGCCGAGCUUAACUCUUAGUCAGCCUGACAGUGCAAUAUCAGAGAUAGAAGUGGCAGAAGUGGCGUACAGUGCUGCAGAGGACUGAUGCGUCACACACAGCUCCUCUGUUGUAUUGCUUGGGCAAGCCUGGGGUCCAGUGGCAAACAGAGAAAAGGACUGUGAGAUACUUACGAGAGUAAGGAUGUGUACGUAUAACUGUACAUAAAGAAACAUUUUUAAAUUAUCAAAAUAGGAAAUCUAUUCACUGCUGCUCUUUGUCCAGCCCAUAUUUAAUACACUAAGAAAUAUAUGUAAUUAGAAUUCUGUUACCAUGGCCCAGAUUCUUCAAUAUUGUACAUAAAUUAUUAUCGUGUUGUAUCUGUAUAUUGUUCUAAACCCAUUUGUGCAUGUAUGAGUGUGUGUGUGUGUGUGUGUGUGUGCGCGCGCGCAUGUGUGCACGUUAAGUCAACAGUUAUAUUAGUUAGAAAUUAAAUUGCAUGUUGCUGUCUGGGUGAUACAUGUGUUUUUGUAGCUUUGACAUGGCAUUCUUAUUAAUGGUUGAAAUCAGUGAACAUCAUAGUAAAGAUAAAGAUGAGUAGUGUUUUAAAUAUGCUUAUUACCUCUAAAUAAAAGUUGAUUAUUUGAAAUAUUAAUGUUAUUUAAAAAGAGAUGACUCUGCAGCACCAAAGGGAAACUAUUUGAAAGACCUGUAACAAUGUAGCUGAUGUGAUCAACUGGCCUGGACUUUAAAAACUGACUUGUCCUAUCGAGAUCCUGUGUGUCCCAGUUUGUUAAUAUUCUGUAGAGCCACAAAGUCUUUCUCCUAGAUCUCUGCCUGCAAAUCAGCGAGUUUGCCUCUUUGAGAACACUACCUCUUUUUGCUAAUCAAGGCAUAUUAUUUUAAAUAUAUAUCAUAGCAUCAAGGCAAAUCAAAAGUUACACAAAAACCAGUAAGCCAUACAUACUGCAAAGUUCCAUACUAGCUUGACUCCUUGUAUUGCAUUUAUUUCUGUAUAUGUGGUGGUGUUAAUAUUGUGUUGUGGCUGAUUUUUUUUUAAUAUAUUUAUCCAAGUGAUGCACUUUAUGAUAAUUAAACUUGUUUGUGCCAAGUGGAAUUGGUGGAAUUUUUUUAGUAGAUGGAAUUGGAGAAUGGAUUCUGUAGUGCCUUUACCAUUUUACAAAAGUCUCCUCAGGUUUCUAAGUCAGCUUUAUGAAAAAAAAUAAUAAUAAUUAUGCUUCCUUUAGCUCUAUGUGUGCAUAUAGAGUGCCUUGUUUCAUUGUUAUAGUAUGAAGUUGCUCAUUUUCAAUUUCUACUGUUUUGCAUAUUACUACUAAAAUACAUUAUAAUUGUGUUGGCAUUUUUAAAUCCCAGUUGAUACGUUGGACUACACAUGCUUUCUAAAAUGUGAGCAAAACUUAACUGAAGAGCUAGAAUAACAAUCUCCCUUUUUUUCUUUAUUAUCUAAAAGUUUGUCAGUGUCUCGGUAUACAUGUGAACAUGGGCAUUGUUCAAAAUUCUGCUGAUGAAGAUCCGUGGAUCCAGUGGCUUUUGGUAACCUUUAUUCUAAAAAGAGACUGCUUUUUACAAAGCAUCAACAAUUUCUGAAUCUUUGCCAAAAUGUACAGGGACGUCCUGACCAAAAAAAAAAAAAAUUUUCCACAUAAUGCACUGAAAAUGUGCUUAGUGUCCUUACUGACAAAAAUAAAUAUAAUAGUCUGCUUAUCCAUUUUGAAAUUAUUCUAGGCUUCACAAAAGGCUCACAAAGAAAGGUCAUUUAAAUCAAUGUCAUUUUGAUGCUAGUGGAACAGAGAUUUGUCAAAUUCCAGAUUGUGCUGUGCGUUUGUUUUCUAAUGAGUCACAUGCUUUUAAAAUCUGGAUUUUUGGAUUGUAUUUAAAGUUCUGAAUGAGCAAAGAAAACUGCCAAUUAGGCAAACCACACACACACACAUAUAUAUACACAGAGAGAGAACUCAGCUUUUUUUUUUUUACUUUUAUAAUGCAUUUUACUCCCACUAUUCUACCCAGUUAAUAAAUUAUUUGUUCAGGACAGCAGUAGUUGUGUUGUUGCCAUGUUGCAUGCCAUCUUUCCCCUCCUGUUUCAGUGUCCUCCCUGGCUUCCAUGAUGAUCAGUGUUCUGCAUUUCACAGACGUGGAGUGAGUCUGUGAUCUUUUUAAGUUUACAUUUUAUCGUUUUUAAAGCUUUUGUGAAUAGACGUAAUGCACUUCAGAUGUGGCCAACAUUAAUAAAAUAUAGAAUGUAACAGAAGCAGAAAA